UUCGAUUGCAGCAGCAACCAACCCUAGAAUCCUCCCCCAAAAAAAUGUCGUUGACCACCGUGUUCCGUCGCGCCUCGUCCAGAGUGGCUACUCUUGCCUUCCGUUCAGUUAGAUCUCCGUUGACCGUCCGCAGUGCCUCCGAGAGACUGAUUCUUGGUACUCAGCAGCUCACCCGUCCAUCGGUGAUUUCAUUCUCGAGGUUUCAUUCCACGGAGAGUGCCGUUACCAAAACAACCGCCGACGAGAAUCUCGUUAGCGUUCUCGAAUCAGAAAUCGAAUGCGCCGUUAACGAGGAGGCGCCUGAUCAAAACGUAAUGGAAGAUAUACCAGAAGGAUUUCCUUUCAAGAUCAUUGAUACUCCUGGAGAACGAACUGUGUUGCUUCAAAGGAGUUUUGAGGAUGAAACUAUUCAAGUAGAGGUUGACUCUUCUGCUCCUUAUGACGAUGGUGAUGAAGCAGAACAGGAACAAGGUGAACAAAACGAUGAUGAAGAUGAUGAACACUCUGUUAAAAUCAGGAUUCCUAUGGUUGUGAGUGUCUCCAAAGGUGAUGGUGUCUGCCUUGAAUUUGGAGUCAGUGCUUACCCUGAUGAGAUUGUGAUUGAUAGCUUAUCCAUCAAGCAUCCCCAAGAUUCUGACAAUGAGCUUGCUUACGAAGGACCUGAUUUUGAUGACUUGGAUGAGAAUCUGCAGAAGGCUUUCCACAGGUUCUUGGAGAUCAGAGGGAUCAAGCCCAGCUUCACUGACUUUCUCGCUGAUUACGUCGCCAACAAAGACAGCAGAGAGUAUCUUCAAUGGCUUAAGGAUGUCAAGUCUUUUGUUGAGAAGUGAUUACUCUUCUUUGUUUCCAUGAAUGAUAAUAAGAGUAAAACUACUUUUAGUUGAGGUUUUUUUUUUUUACUUCAAAUCGUUUUGGGAUUUAUGAACUUGUUAUCCCCAUAUGAUCCAUAAUGAUACUUGUUCUUGCGUGUUGGCAGUUUUGCUACAUGUAUUUUCUUUUGAGUUUCAAUUUGCCAUAAGAAAUGAGACAUCUUUACCCAA